UUUUCACAACAUUCAGCCGCCCUCUGUAGCUUUUCUCAGCAGUAACUCAGGGGAUCUUUAAUCUCAGUCUUUUAUUAGUUUUCUAAUCCUUUAACUGCCCUUCACGGGUGGUCGGAGUAUCUGUACCCCUGCUUUCAUCCUUCUGCCCUCUUAUUAUAUUGUCUCUCUAUCUUUGUCCCUCUCGUUUCACCUCUGACGCUUCAGGGGGAAAAGCCGCACCGUGGAGCUUGAGAGGCACGUCCUCAAACGCAAAGCGCAAGCGCGCACCAGUUGCCACGGGCCAGUGACGCACGGACGCGCAGCUGCCCCGAGGCAGAGCGAGUGCAUUAGCGGCACACUUUGUGCCAAGUGUCCCACCCGAUACAGUGCGCAGUGGGACAUGGGGCAAAUACUGCGAACGAGCGCACACCGGACUCGGCUUUAUCAAGGAAGGCGCUGGAGGAUGGCGAUAUCCACACCGAAUGUCUUUGCAGUGCACUGAUGCCAUCACAAAUUAAGGAGGCAUGGAGCCAUAGCUGAUCACUCACAUUCUCUCUCUCCAAACCUGCUUAGCCCAACAGUCCCAAUUACUCCUUCAUGUUCUGGCAUCCAUCAUGGUGUACGGGCAGUUCCUGCACCGCCGAGGCCCCGAGGAGAGCUUCAUCAACCUCAACGUCGGUGGUUUUAAGCAGCAAGUGGAACGGGUGGUCCUCCAACGCUUCCCCCACACACGACUGGCCCGGCUGCUCUACUGCAGCUCAGAGGCCGCUAUUCUCCAGCUUUGUGAUGACUACGCUGCAGCGGACCGAGAGUAUUACUUCGACCGCAAUCCAUGCUUUUUCCGCUACGUGCUGAACUUUUAUCAUACCGGAAAGAUCCACUUGAUGGAGGAGCUGUGUGUGUUUAGCUUUAGCCAGGAGUUGGAAUACUGGGGUAUCAAGGAGCUUCACCUGGACACUUGCUGCAGCAACCGAUUUCAGGAACAGAAAGAGAACAUGGGAGAUCCCGACUGGGGGAAUGAGGAUGACCCUCAGAACCAGCUGCAGGACAGCUUAGACUCAUCCAUGGAGGAACUGUCAGCAUUUGACAAAGACUUGGAAAAGUUUGAGGGCACCUGGUGCGCAGAAAAACGCAAGGAGCUCUGGUUGCGGCUGGAAAACCCUGGAUACUCACGCUCUGCGAAAAUUCUGGCGGUGUUUUCGCUGAGUGUUGUACUGAUAAGCAUCAUCGCCAUGUGCAUCCAUAGCAUGCCUGAAUUCCACCAGAAGGACGCCAAUGAGAAAGAGGUGGAGAACCCGGUGUUGGAUGUGUUUGAGACUUUUUGCGUUCUCUGGUUCUCCCUCGAAUUCAUUGUACGAUUAGUUGUCACACCGUGCUUGCGCAAAUUUAUAUGCAAUGCAUUAAACAUGAUUGACUUUGCUUCUAUCGUUCCAUUUUAUGCCACGCUGGCAUUUGAAAAAGUGGAUCCUGAGGAAAGCGAGGAGCUUGAGAAUGUGGGAAGGGUGGUGCAGAUCCUGCGUCUCAUGCGUAUCUUUCGCAUCCUCAAACUUGCCCGCCAUUCAGUCGGGUUGCGUUCUCUUGGUGCGACUCUCCGACACAGCUAUCACGAGGUCGGACUCCUCAUCCUCUUCCUCUCCGUGGGAAUCUCCAUUUUUUCAGUUCUUAUUUAUUUUGUGGAGAGGGAGGACCACGAGUCGGAACUGCAGACUAUACCGGUGGGCUGGUGGUGGGCGACGAUAAGCAUGACCACAGUGGGAUACGGUGACACGUAUCCAGUCACGCUUCCUGGGAAGCUCAUCGGCACAUUGUGCAUCAUUUGCGGCCUGCUUGUAGUCGCCCUUCCUAUCUCCAUCAUCUUUAACAAGUUCUCCAAAUACUACCAGAGACAGAAAGCCCUGGUGGAGUCUGACCAGCUCCAGACAGAGGACGAAAAACAGCCAGAUCUCAGCAUGCCUUUUCUUCAUAUAGCAGACCUCUACAGCCAAAAGAUGAACUCUCUGGCGCACAGCGCAUCCUCCAGGAGUAGCGAAGGAGACGCCACUGAUGCUUCCAGUAUUGCUGAUGUUGAAUUCGUCUGCUCUGCUGGACAGCCAAAAGCCAACAAUGUGACGUAAACCUGAAGAUGCACAACCUCAAAUAAAGGAACAAGAAUCUGCAGCACAUAUCGAGGAAACCAUAAGACUCUUGUUUCUUACUGAGUGACUCCUGGACCUUUAAUCGGCAGCACUUUUUCUCUUUAGUUCUCAGGGUGAAAAAUGUCUCAAGCUUUCUGUUAUUUUUAUGAAUCAAAACCUGUUAUGGAAACCAUCUUAAAGGGAGAGUCCACCCAAACCCGAUGAUUCUGUCAUCAUUUGCUCACUUUCCGCUUGUUCCAAACCCGUUUGAGUUCUGUUAAUCGCAAAAUAAUAAAUUUUUGAAGAAAGUUUAAAACCUUUAGCCAUUGACUUGCAUAGUAUUGUUUUCCUACUAUUAAU